UGUGGUGUGUUAUCAGACCAACCCAUCCUGAAGAAGUGAUGGAGGUGUGGAACAGUGGUGAAGAGGAGGGUCUGACUGAACUGGAGGGCUCCUCAGACACCAUGACAGCCCUGACCACCUCCAAUCACCACCUCCUCCACCACAGAGCUAUUAACGACUCCAACUACACCACCACCAACAACAUCACCUACUUCCCUUACUACCAACACUCCCUCCCUGUGGCUGCUAGCUUCAUCCUGGCCUACCUGUUCAUCUUCCUGCUGUGCAUGGUGGGUAAUGUACUGGUGUGUCUGAUCGUGCUGGGGAACCGUCGCAUGAGAACCGUCACCAACCUCUUCAUCCUCAACCUGGCAGUCAGCGAUCUGCUGGUGGGCAUCUUCUGCAUCCCCACAACGCUUGUGGACAACCUCAUCACAGGCUGGCCGUUUACCAACACUGUGUGUAAAAUGAGUGGUCUGGUGCAGGGGAUGUCUGUGGCUGCCUCAGUCUUCACCCUGGUGGCCAUCGCAGUAGACAGGUUCCGCUGCAUUGUGUUCCCUUUUCAGCCCAAACUCACCUUAAUAGUUGCCAAGGUGACCAUUGCGAUGAUCUGGGUCCUGGCUGUGGUAAUCAUGUGCCCCUCAGCAGCUGCCCUGACUGUGGUGGAAGUGGCCGAUCAUUACAUGGUGUAUAACCAGGACUACAACAAGACUUACCCCCUGUACUCCUGCUACGAGAACUUUGCCGACCCGAAGAUGCGGAAGGUCUACACCACAGUGCUGUUCGCCCACAUCUACUUGGUGCCCCUGGCUCUCAUCACUGUCAUGUACGGACGCAUCGGGGUGAAGCUCUACACCUCCGUGGUGUCAAGAAGAGAGCCUCAGGAUGCAGCACAUCCUCCUCCUCCAGCCAGGCAUGAGGGGGGCAGGCAUCUGAUCUCACAGAAGAAGAUCAAGGUGAUCAAGAUGCUGAUCGUAGUAGCCCUGCUGUUCAUGCUGUCCUGGCUGCCUCUGUGGACUCUGAUGCUGCUGACAGACUACGCAGGGCUGGACGAGGAGCAGCUGGAGCUCCUGACCGGAUACAUCUUCCCCUUCGCCCACUGGCUGGCUUUCUCCAACUCCUCUGUCAACCCCAUCAUCUACGGAUACUUCAAUGAGAACUUCAAGAGGGGCUUCCAGGCAGUCUACCAGACCAACUCCUGCUGCCACCCGGGAAAUAGGGUUGAGGUAGCAGGGAGGGGAAACCGGGAAGUCAGAGCAGGUGGUGGGGGUAAUGGUGGUGAGGGUGGAAGCGGCCAGAGGGAGCCGACAAGCAACCCCAAUCCUCUCCCAUUUGGGGCUAGAAACAAAGUGUAUACCGACAGUAAUGUGAUGCACUCUGUCCACCUUGAGUUGGACUUGAAGAAGAAUUCUAAGAUGGGAAGCAACACGGUCCAUGUUGAGGUUGGGGGGACUGGGGCAGGUGGAGGAAUAGGGAAUGGAAAUGGGAUGAACAAAAAGGGGCUACAGGUUGACGAGCAGACCAGCCCAAUGGGAGUUUGUCAGGCCUGGGAUCAUUAGUGGGGAUGUAAACCGUGGAGGUGCUUUCAGCAUCCCUAAUAAUGUUUUACGUUUAGAUUUACAUUACAUUUACAAUCUAAAUAUACAUUUACAAUCUAAAUGCAUACUUAAUGCAUAGAAAAGAUAGGCACCAUCUUAUUUUAUUUUCUUUCAGAUGACAUGGCAUGUGUGGACUCAAAUUGCGAGGGAAGUGGACUCAUCUCAACAUUAGAUUAGAUCUGACAAACUAUAAUCUAAGAGCGGCUAAGUACUCUCCAAACACCAAAGAUAGACUUGAAAAGAAAGAGAACAAAGCAAAUCAAAGCAAAGACAUCAAUCAUUGUGAUGCCCUUAUUCUGUUUUUGCUUGUAAUAUGAAUUAGUGGAAUAUGAAUUCUGUUUUGCUCAGUGAAGAUUUCUUUGAACAUUGUCAGCAAAACAACGAGAGGGGAUAUAGUUGAGACUGUUUAAUGUCAACGUUUUAGCCCUAAAGUAGUCUCAAUCUGAACACUGUCAACAAUAUAGAUGAGAAACCAAUAAAUAUAAGCAAGCAACAUUUAAAAUGUCUCAAAGAACAUAAUGCCUCAGAAAAAGGCAGUUUGGUUCAAUUCAAUCUUGAAACUUGAGGCAAAAGAAAUUUCAGCACAGAGGGGAAGUGCAUUAUCUGAUACUGCAGAGCACAACAAAUCAAAUGAUAUCUAAUUAAAUCAAAGGUUAUUCAUCGUAUACACAGGUAAACGGUGCAAUUAAAUACUUACUUGCGAGCUACCUCAACAGUGCAGUGAAAUAUUUUUAAAAAACUCUAAAUAACAGUAAUGACAAUAACACAAUAAGUUAUACGUUUUAAACAACUAUUAAAAAGUAUACAGGUGGAAAAUAACUGUUUUGGAGAAGCAGUAUUGGACUGAAAUCUAGUCCCUGUCGCUAGUGAAAACAGGGACCAAACUAUUUAUUGAUCAAUACAUUUGUACAUGUUACUGAACAAACAUAUCAGUUUAAUAAGGAGUGAGAAAGAUGUAAGGUUUUAUUAAAGUUUUCUGAGAAUGCCCUUACUCUAUAGGACUGAUGAAAACACCAGAAGGGGCUGAGUCAAACAAAACACGAGUUAUGGGUCACGAAUUAUGAGAAUACAUCUCUAGUCACAUUAUUUAUUCUUAAUUUGGGUCGUUGGAGGACGAUUUGGGUCAAGGGAGGACGUUACAUUUCUAAUUUUGGUUUCAAACUGAAAAAGUGUAAGAACCCCUGGUAUAAAGCAAUGAUUUAUAUAUACACUAGAUGACUGACAGGGGGUGCCAUUCAUGCUGUUCACAGCGUAGUAGCCAGGGCAACACAAAAACGAAAAAGUUGAGCCUCGCACAUCAACACUCUUUACCCACUACAGUGUUUACUUUAUGCAUCUAUAUCAUAUCACUAAGGCUACAUUUACAUUGUAUUAUGUGAGCUAAACAUACAAAUAAAAAAUAUGUAAAAACAUUUUUCUUAAAGUAUAAUUUCUAGACGGUACCUAAUGUUACUGUCCCCACUAUGACAAAAAUACUUAAAUACAUGUCAUUGUGUGCUUGAAACAUUUAAUUGAAAUACUGUAGAAUUCCAUUUAUUCCUAUGAGGGACUGCUUCUACUAAGGAGAAUCAAUAUGGUCGACCAAUGACUUCAAAGCCUCUCAUUGGCCAAUAUAUAGCAUCAGCAAUUUAGAGUUUAUAUACAUCAUUAGUAUAAACACUAGAGGACUGACAAGGGCUGCUGUUUUGAAGCCACUUCGCAGCCAUUUUUG